AUGCAGCUGUGUGUUGCUUCGGUUCUGGGGGUUAUGCAGAUCCUGGUGGGGCUGAUCAACAUGGGCCUGGGUCCCGGGCGCACUCAUGUCCGACCUGGAGACUUGGCGGGGCUGUGGGCGGCGUACUGGCUGGGGGGCGUGUACACUGUAGCGGGGCUGUUCACCAUCGUCUCAGGGCCCUGUCGCUCUCCAUGUUUGACUAAAUGCUGUGCCCUGCUGAACCUGGUGGGGGCGCUCUUCUCCAUCACUGGGGUGGUGCUGUACUCUCUGGACCUGGCUCAUGUGUCUGUUGUCUGGAUGUGUGACGAGAGCGCAAACAGUGACCCCUGCAGGGAAGUGGCCGCCAUCGCACAGAGAGCUGUGAGCUGGAUGGACAUCAGUCUGCUGGUGCUAGUUGUGCUGCAGCUCUGUGUGAACAUCAGUGCGGCGGUUCUGUCCUUCACGAGCAGGAAGCAGGUCUCACAACACAAUCCGGACCCGUCUCUCCUCUCGGGCCCUUCACACCAGCCCACGCCGCACACUCGUGAUGUUUGUGUGCGUUCCACAGGUCAUCUGAUGGAACGCGCUCAAUGCUCGCCUGUGUGGACAAAUCGUAUUCUGAUGAGACACAGCACUUCCCCUAUAAUCCUGUUUGGGACUGGACCCUCGGGACAACCGGAGAGCAAGGCAAUGGUGGCCCCUGACCAGACCACAGCACGGGGCCCUGCAGGUCUGAGGACAGCGGUCUUGGGGCCAUACUGGGGUCUCUGGAGCAAACUUCAGGGGCCCAUCUGA